AUGUCGUCUCCACCCAUCUUCACUGCGACCUCCGCGUACUCCCUCGCGUUUGUCACCGGCGUCGGUGUUCUCGCGUAUGUGGCCUCCAAGGCCUUACUCCCGAAGACCGCGCGCUGGCAGGAUCGCUUCACCUUCGUGUGGCUGGCGUUCGAUGGGAUCAUCCACUAUACCCUCGAGGGCUCAUUCGUGUACUAUUCGAUGUUCGGACGGCAAGUGAACACGAGCUCUGGACCUAUGGCACAGAUGUGGAAGGAGUAUGCAUUGGCCGACGCUCGCUGGGGUGUCUCUGACCCCACAGUUGUGUCGCUGGAGCUGCUCACGGUGUUUGGUGUCGGAACCAUGUGCUUCUACGUCCUCAAGCAGCUCGUCGGCGACGACCCAGCACGUCACUACUGGAUCAUUGUGCUCAGCGCAUCUGAGAUCUACGGAGGAUGGAUGACCUUCUGCCCUGAGUGGUUGGUCGGCAGCCCGGCUCUCAACACGUCGAACUGGCUCCACCUUUGGGUCUACCUCUUUUUCAUGAAUGUCAUCUGGGUGGUCAUUCCUCUUUGGCUUAUGUACGACUCGUACACCCAUAUCGCUGGUGCCCUCCGUACGGCUCAACGCGCCGAACGAGCCAAGAAGAACUGA